AUGUGGUACGACAUCUGCGUUUGCUUUUGCUGCUCUGCAUCCACUACCCGCCAAACCACCCUUCCCUCCCACUCCAUGAACCCGCGUCCUGCCCUCGCCCUCUCUCCCUCCCCCUCCCCUCGUUCCCCUCACCAGGCGAGCGCCACUGGCGCGCCCCUCCCCCCGCGCGUGGCGCGCGAGGUGGCGCGGGAGCUGAAGGCGCUGCAACAAAGCGCGCUCGACGGCAUCCGGGUGACCGUCCACGACGAUAGCAUCGCAACCGUCCAUGCCGAGAUCGACGGCCCUGGUGAGCCCACGCGGGUUACGAGUGGGUUAAGAGUCAUCAACAGCCUUCAUCGAGUUCCUAACCAACCCUCCCUCUUGUUCCACAUGAAGCUGCUGCUGGGGCGGGACUUCCCCGACGCCGCGCCCAAAGGUAAUGCGUGCCCUUUGUACCCGCUGUCCAUCUCCUUCGAUCGCGAUCUCUUCCCCUCUAGAACCAGCCCUCGUUCUUUGUUCCGCAUGAAGCUGCAGCAAAGGUUAUGCGUCCGCUCUCUAUCUUCUUCGUUUCCUCCAAUCGCCACCCACCCACAACCAUCCCUCAACCUCCCCGCCAGGCUUCUUCCUGACGCGCAUUUUCCACCCCAACCUGGUCCGUGUGUGCCAAUGCAGGUGGUGCGCUGCCUUCUGAUUGAACCUUACCCCGAGUCUGCUCUUAACGAGGACGCAGGGAAGCUGCUUCUGGAGGAUUAUAACGCGUAUGCACGCCAUGCUCGCCUCUUCACAUCCAUCCAUGCCGCCCCUGCCUCUUCCUCCGCCCUGACCUCUGCCGGGAAAGCCAAGCAGCAAGCUCAGCAGUCGCAACCGCAACAGCAGCAGCAGCAGCAUGAGCCGGGAAGGCAGGAGGCAAAUAAUCAGUCCCCCAGCAAGAACCAGCAGAGAGCAUGCACACAGUCAGCAACAGCAGCUGACCUGCUUUCGGACUCUGGCCGCGCUGCUUCUUCUCCAGCUGCUGCAUCUGCACCCCCUGCCACUCCCACCCCCUGUGCUCCCGGUGCUGCUGCCACUGGCACUGACACCGCAGUGAGUUCUCGAGAUUCCAGCAGCACCACUCCACCUGCCCCGCCUCCCAGCACUUCUGUUGUUGAUCCUACUACUGGCAAAAACCUGGCUGGCAGUGCCAGUGUUUCGUCAGCCCAUCACACGCCCCUGGCCACCAAUCGGUCGCUUGCAAAUGCUGACUCUAGGCGGCAGGCAAAGGAAACGGGAAACGGGUCAGCGGCAGCAGCAGCUAUGGGGGAGCCUGUGGCAGCAUCGAGCACGGGUAGUGGCGUGGUGAAGGCUAAAGGGAAGGGGGAGAACACAGGCCGGGGUGGGGGAGAGAAGAAGGCUGACUUGAGGAAGAAGAGCCUACGGCGACUGUAG